UUGGAGAAUUGAUCUGCAUCGUCAUGAAAUUAAUGAAGCCCUCUUUUGUGCAGUAUUACCAACACAUUCAAAACGCAGCCUUGCUCACUUACAGCGACAGAGUCUAUAGACGUGUACGUUUCCUCAUUUUAAACACUACGUCACCGUCCGUGUAAAGGAUAGAGACAGAGAGGAGCAGCCGUUGACCUGAUGUGUUAACCGUCGCCGCAUCCGCCUCCUCCUCCCGGUUGUCUCAGCUCAGGUGCCGCUAUGGUCGGCUCUCUUCUCCCGCUGCUCGUCGUCCUGCUGUCAGCCUGGUCGGCUGUCGGAGAGCCGGCGGAGUCCGCUCAUGUCGACGGAGCUCCGCCUUCUAAAAUAGCGGUGGUAGGGGCAGGGAUAGGAGGCAGCGCCACGGCCCAUUUCCUGCGGCAGCACUUUGGCCCAGAGGUCCAGGUGGACGUGUUUGAGAAGGGGGAGGUUGGAGGCCGUCUCGCCACUGUAACCGUCAAUCACAACAACUACGAGUCUGGAGGUUCCAUCAUUCACUCCCUCAACCUCCACAUGCAGGAGUUUGUCAAGCAGCUCGGUUUAAAGUAUCGCCGCAGCGUGGCAGGGAAGACGGCAGUGUUUAAUGGUGAGGAGGUGAUUCUUGAGGAGACAGACUGGUACCUGCUGGAUCUGUUUCGGCUGUGGUGGCGCUAUGGUAUCAGCUUCAUACGCCUGCAGAUGUGGGUGGAGGAAAUUAUGGAGAAAUUCAUGAGGAUCUACAAGUACCAGGCCCACGGCUACGCCUUUAGCUCAGUGGAGGAAUUGCUGGACUCUCUUGGAGGGAGUGGCUUCAUCAACAUGACCCGCAGACCUCUCUCUGAUUCGCUGCUGGAGCUGGGUGUGUCGCAGCGUUUCAUCGACGAGGUCAUCGAGCCCGUCAUGAGGGUCAACUAUGGACAGAACGUCAGCAUCCCCGCCUUUGUAGGCGCUGUGUCUUUAGCUGGGGCCCAGAACAACCUGUGGGCGGUGGAAGGAGGCAACAAGCUGGUGUGUUCUGGCCUGCUGAAGAUGGCCAACGCUAACCUGCUGCAAGCAAAAGUCAACUCCAUCUCACCCGUCUACUCAGGAGAGGCGCCACAGUACCAGCUCAGCUUUACCACAGCAUCAGAGGAGGGAUCAGAGCUGUAUGACAUUGUUGUGUUGGCGACGCCGCUCCAGGCCAGUGUCAGGUCUGGAGUCCAGUUCCAAGGUUUCACCCCUCCGUUCGAGGAGCUCCCCGGCAGCUAUCAUAGCACCGUAGCAACCAUCGUCCAUGGUUACCUCAACACCACUUUCUUUGGUUUCCCGGACCCUCGCCUGUUCCCCUUCGCCAGCAUCUUGACAACUGAGACACCUGAUCUGUUUUUCAACAGUGUGGCAAGUGUUUGUCCCGUCAAUAUCUCAACGGGUUUCCGGCGUAAGCAGCCGCAAGAGGCUGGAGUCUAUAAAGUGUUCUCGCCACAACCUCUGGACAAGACUCAGCUCAAGACACUUUUCAGGUCAUACUACUCCGUGCAGGUGACAGAGUGGCAGGCCUACCCUUGUUAUGGCAGCAGCCAGGCACUGCCGCCUGUAGAGCUCCACCCCAAUCUCUACUACCUCAAUGGCAUCGAGUUGGCCGGCAGUGCCAUGGAGAUGAGCUCGGUGGCGGCCAAGAACAUCGCCCUGCUGGCAUACCACCGCUGGAACAGACAGACGGACAUGGUGGACCAGAAAGAUUUGAUGCACAGGAUCAAGACUGAACUAUGACCUGUUUGACUGAAAGCCUCAUAGCAUAACAAAGUUGAUGUGCCGGAAAAUGUCUGUAUUAAGGUACGGAAAUUUACAGUGUGACUUGUGAGAAGUCUCCAGUGGCGAGGUUUAUUAAGAGACACAUCAAAGUAAUUCAUUACUUAAUACAUACAUACACAAAUAAGGGGUAAAUAUGUGGAACACAGUCUCACUCUGCCUUAUAAAUAAACUUACAGAACAUACAGAAAAACAAGUAUCAAAGUCAAAUCAAGUCUAAAACAAAUCAAAACUUAAUCACGACUGCUGUCCAAAGGCCAGUUAGCUGAUCCCUUCGUCUUCUCUGCCAUAGAUAUUGCAGAUAUUUGAGACACUUUUCAGUAUUGGUCAGGAAUUGAUUGCUAAUGCUAAUUAGUGGUUUCAUCCAAAAAUUCAGCUGCAGGCAGCUUUUCUUUGCCAAGAAACAAGGGCACCAAGCAACCAUGGAAAACACCGGCUACUAUUUAUUUCAGUAGGAAGUGAACGGACUGUCAGGAGACAGUGUUUUAUUGAGUUGCUGCUGGUGUGAAUGAACACCAGUUUAUACAAGUACCAGUCUAAGGUCACUGGAGCUGCUCUGUGUAAAUAAAUGACCCUGUGUCCAAGGCGAGAAAACACUUACACACAUAGAAUCAAGAUUGAGAGCAUGAAUGAGAUGCUUUUUUUUUGUUUGUUUGUUUAACGGCUGCUUUUUGUCUGCGCUGUAACAGCUGUGCGAUAUGAGACGGAUCACUGAUUUAACCGCCGUUAGGCACAUAAACCAGCCCUCCGUCACAUAAUCAGAAACAACUGCAGCACUGCUUUUGCCGUCUAUACAUUUAAGGGCUUUUAAUGGACUUGCUGUUGCCCAAACUGCACCAAGGAGAUCUAAUUAAAGUAAUCUCAGUAGGAUUUUUGUAAAUUUAAUAAAAUCAUUAUUCAGUGACUCAUGGCUGUGGCCACUGGUGCUUUGCUCUAUUGCCCCCUUUCAUCAGACUAUUUCAUUAUCUCCCCUUCCUGCUGCUUUUGUUGCAUAAUCCAGCGGAAAGAAUUUUUUUUCGGGGAACAGAGCCAACGAGCUUUCACUGGACCAAAGCAGAGGACAGAUCUGCAGAGCUGCUGCUGCUGCUGCUGCUGCUGCUGCUGCUGGUGAUGAUGACACUUUCCUCCCCUUUUCUGUCAAGCCCUAAAGCUUUAUUGAGAUCCUGCAUUUUUAAUAAGCGCUGUAAUCUUGGAGAAACAUACAUGACGAUAGAGCUGGACGUUCACUUCCAGAAAUGGCCAGUGCUGAAAAGAUGUUGUGCUCUGAUAAGAGAACACUGAGACUUUGAGAAAUGCCUUGUUUAAUUUAUUUCUAUUGUCUUAAUUUAUAACAGUUAAAUUGGACUGAAGCGGAUACUUGGAUUCAGAAAAUCUUAAUUUAACUGUUGUCAGCUGAAAACCUUUAAAUCUAAGGGGCUUCAGUUGAUGGAUAAUGUGAUUGUGUCAUGUGAUGAGAAAACACUGUAACCCUUUAAUCUGAUGGGAUUGGCAUCAGAAUGUACGACCGUCGAUCUCAAAUCUUAAUUUUAAGUCAAGGUUUUCACUCUGCAGCAGCUUCUGUACAUAGAACAGAUGUUUGUAGCAAUAGUACCUUUAUGAUGCGCUGUAAAACAAAUGCACAAUGCAAACACGGAAUGGAAUCAUCUGGUGGACUGACAACAAUCACAACUCAAGGUCUGCUUACGAGCUUAUUGCAGAGCUUUUAACAGCGUUACAGAGGCACACUGAGCAAACGAUAAAGCAAGUAGGGAGACCUUGAGUUAAGAUUUUUGUCACACAACAGACUCCGUGUGACUGUUCACAUCUAACCACAGCUGCUAUAUGAACUCUGCUAAGUAUGGCAUGUAUCACCAUAUUUCAUCUGACUGUUGAUCAAAUAAA